ACUGCGGAGUCCAUGCUCCGUCCCGCUGGAGCGGCUCCGGCCUGUCUUGUGAUCCCAGUAAGAACGAAGAAGAGGUUUUCUGUCCCUGAAUGGGCCAGAGAAUUGACCCCUGAACAGAAGGAGAAGAGACUCAAAUCUCUGGGAGCCGUAAUUCCUGAGGAACGGAUAGAACGGACGUUCUACUUGGCCUGCACAGCUGAUAUUAUAGACCCGUACAUCCCUCCGGAGGGCGAUGCCCGCUUGACUCCCCUAUCCAGAGAUGGGCUGAAGCAAAAGAUGGAUAAGCUGAAGCAGACUGCCGCCUCCCAGCUGGCUUUGCGGAAGAUUAAAAAUCACGAUCCGGAUUUCAGCACUAAAACCUUCCCGGAGAAGGCGCAAGAGAUAUUUAUUGAAGCUCACAAUUCCCUGGCAAAUUUUAACAAGCAGAAGCUCCACUCCCUGGUGACAGAGCGCUGCUACCCGGAAAUGGUCCAUGGGAACAGGUACAAGACCAUCCGGUGGAGUUUUGUGGAAUCGCUGGAGCCUCCAAGGGUGGUUCACAUCCGAUGCGACAGCAUUGUCAACCGUGGCAACCUGUACGGCCAGGUGACGGUGCGGAUGCACACGCGGCAGAUUCUGGCCAUCUAUGACCGCUUUGGGCGGCUGAUGUACGGUGGGGAGCAGGUGCCCAAGGACGUUUUGGAGUAUGUUGUGUUUGAGAGGUACUUGGUGAAUCCGUAUGGCACGUGGCGGAUGCAUGGCAAGAUCGUUCCGGAGUGGGCUCCGCCGAAGGAGCCCAUUGUUAAGACAGUGAUGAUUCCUGGCCCAACCUUGGAUCCCUCACAAGAGUAUGAAGAAAGGAAGUAG